ACAGCCCAUCAAGAAGACAUGCGGUACACAGACCUCAAGAUCCUAAUGCUAAUGUGGAUUAAAAUGGUGGUGUUAAAUAAAAUCUCUUGCCUACAGGUGAAAGUCGUCCAUCAGCCAAACCCGGUGAUGACCGCUAAAGUUGGUGAUAAUGUGACUCUACGCUGCUUUCUGAUGGGAGAACAAAAUAUUGAUCCCACAGUUUGGUACAAGCAAGUAGGAGGACAAGAGCCUUCUUUAGUGGCUGUGGUACAGAAAGUACAGGAUCCUAUUUACAAAGAUGAGUUCAACUCUUCAAGGUUUAGAUUUGAGAAAGGAAGCAACAGCUGUCAUUUAAAAAUAAUAAACGUAAAAGCAUCAGAUGAGGCCAUGUAUUACUGUGGCUUGAUUACGUUUUACACCGUCUUCGCAAAAGGAACAUUUUUAUCAGUGAAAGAUGAUGGAGAUGUAAAAGUGUCAGUAUCACAGAGCGGUGGUUUGGACUCGGUUCCUGCAGGAGCGUCAGUGAGUCUGCAGUGCUCGGUUCUCUCUGAGAGCAGAGCAGCAGAACUCCAAGUGCUCUGGUUCAGAGCUGCUCCACCACAAUCCCAUCCUCAAAUCAUUUACACUCAUCACAACAGCAGCCAUCAGUGUGAGAGCGGCUCUUCUACACACACCUGUGUGUACAACUUCUCCAAGAACAUCCUCAGCCUCAAUGAUACUGGGACUUACUACUGCGCUGUGGCCGCGUGUGGGAAGAUCAUUUUUGGCAACGGAACACGAGUACAACUAAUGGAAUCUGUGGAUGCUGUAGUUAUCUGCCCUUCUAUAGCUUUGGGAUUGUGUGUGGUUCUGAUUGUUACACUCGUUACACUUGUUCUAAGCUGCAAAUGGAGAAACAGUGAUUUUUGCCAUGACAAGACAAUCAAACCGGGCCGUUGUUCUGCUGUCGGGGUCAAUUUCUCUGCUUUACAUUUCAAAGAAAGAAAAUUCAAACCUCAGGAUAAUGUGUACUCUGAGGUGAUAUACUCCUCUUUCACUUAGAAUAGAUUCAGGUAAUU